GAGACGGGGAAAUACUACCAUCACUCAACUGCUGGGAUAUCAGGGCAUCUGAGAUUUUCUACAUGAUGAGUGCCAUUCCUUUUCUGCAAUGAUAACAGUAGCUCAUGUUAAUUCGGAUGCAUCUUAAGAAGUUCUCCGAGGAGCGCAAGAUUACGCUGUAAAUGUAUCAAGAAGUUGGAACCAAGCAUGAAAAAGGCGACCAAGCCCACGGCCGCCACCUCAAGAACCUCAGCGGGCACUAAAGCCCCGGGCAGAUCAGAGGGCAGCAACAUUAUGGGCACAGGUGGCAAGAUGGCAAACAAAACCCAGAGUUCAGCCCAACUUUCUAAGGCAAAGAGCAAUGAUGAUCUCCCAGCGGUGAGUGCAGGAAGUGGAGGAGUAUCCAUUAGCAACAGUAACACUACAGCCAGAAACAAGAGAGGAACCUCUUCUCAGAGCACCAGCAGCACAGAGACCAGGGCCAAGACCAGCUCAGGUCUAUCAGGAAGGCGUGGAACAUCCUCUGCAGCCAAGGAUCCAGGCACAUCCCGAGAUAAUUUACAAGAACGUUCCAGAGCCAGUGCUGCCAAAAAGCUUGCCGGACCCACAGAUGCCAUGUCUCAGAAGCGAUCUCGAUGCCAUGCUGUAGCCGAGACUGAGUCUCGGAUGAGCAAAUCUCGCUCAGACAGCCAGAUGAGCCAAAAAGCAGUUCUGGAGUGUAGAGUGAAGGACCUGCUAGGCUUGGCCAAAAGCAAAGACUUGGAGAUCCUGCACCUGCGCUCUGAACUUUGUGGUAUGAGAACGCGGCUUGGUCUGGAAGACCUUGAGGCUCCUGAUCCAGAAGAAGUGUCUGAAGAGACCAAGCAGCCCCAGGAAAAGGAAGUUUCUCCUUUGAUCAGUGCCGCAGAUGUAGAGACUACACUCCUCCUCCUCCAAGACCAGAACCAGGGCAUUCGUGAUGAGCUCAACAUGUUGAAGAGUGAAAACCGCAUAUUAAAAGAUCGCCUAAAUGCGCUCGGCUUCUCUCUUGAGCACCGACUGGACAGUCCUGACAAAGGCCCAUGCUUCCCUUUCCUUAGUCCUGACCCUGUCGCGGGUGGUGGCAGCAGCAGUGGGGGUCACAGCGAAAGCGGAAGGGGUGGUAUGCGGACAUCUUCCACUGAAGGCUCAGCCCAAGGAUCUACAGAGGACUUGUUGUCAGAACCGAGACGUGUUGGCUCUCCGGAUGCUGUGGACAGUGAGUGCAGUGAGGCCUACCUGCCCAUCACCUCUAGUGAUGAUGCAUUGGAUGCACCCUCAGGUUGUGGGUCAUCUUCUGAAUCUGAAGGUGGGCCACCGAGCAAGGAACAUUCACACAGGGGUAGCAGCGGGAACACCAAUGAGGUUUCGGUGGCUUGUCUGACUGAACGCAUCCACCAAAUGGAGGAGAACCAACACAGCACAGCAGAAGAACUCCAGGCCACCCUACAGGAACUCGCUGACCUGCAACAGAUCACACUAGAGCUGACUACAGAGAAUGAACGUUUGGGCGAAGAGCGUGCCAUUCUGGUCGACUCCCUUUGUCAGCAAAGUGAGCGACUUGAACUCUACGGAAGACAGCUGGACUAUUUCCGUGGCCUUCUUGACGAGCACCGAGUGGCCUAUGCCAAGGAUGACGAUGACGCCAAAAGCGGGCGAUACGUGGAGCUGGAAAGGCGCUACUCAGAGCUCAAUGAGGGCUCACAUUUUGAGAGGGAACAACUCUUGGGCGUGCAGCAACAGCUCAGCAGUGCGCUCAAGAUGGCAGAACAGGAGAACGCAGAAGCUCAAGGCAUGAUGGCAGCAUUGAAAGAACGUGUCCAUAUGGCUGAGAGAGCUGUGGAAAUGGAGCGGCGAGAGUAUGCAGCCACCACAGCAGAGAUGGAAGUGUUGAGGGUCGUGUCCGAAGGGGAGCAGGUGGAGCUAAACCGCUGCAAAAUCCAGCUUGAGCAGGAGAGGCAAAGAGUGGCCCAGCUCCUCUCCAUCCACAAUGCAGGGGAUAAGAGCGAUAUACGGCACCUGUUGGACAGCGAAAGAUUAGACAAGGAGCGAGCAGAGGCCAAAGCAGCUAAGCUACAAGAGGAGCUGGGACACACGCGCGGUGAAGCUGCUCAGUUGCAGGAAGCAAUUAGCAAGCUGGAUGGUGAGUUCCGGGCAUUCCGUAAUGAUGUUCAGGCACAGUUAGCUGAUCAGAAACUGCUUCUGGAGCAGCAAUGCUCUGAGCUGGAGGAAAAGGACACAGAGAUCACAGACAUGAAGGAGACCAUUUUUGAGUUGGAAGAUGAAGUCGAGCAGCAUCGUGCUGUCAAGCUUCACGACAACCUCAUCAUCUCUGACCUAGAGAAUUCCAUCAAAAAACUUCAUGAUCAGAAAUACGACAUGGAGAAGGAAAUAAAGGUGCUUCACCGAAAACUGCGGGAGGAAUCGGCUGAGUGGCGGCAGUUCCAGGCUGAUCUGCAGACAGCCGUUAUCAUUGCCAAUGACAUCAAGACAGAGGCUCAGGAGGAGAUUGGGGACUUGCGGCGCCGCCUACAUGAAGCUCAGGAGAAAAAUGAGAAAAUGAGCAAAGAGUUGGAUGAACUAAAGAACAGGAAACAGGAAGAGGAGCGUGGCCGUGUGUAUAAUUAUAUGAAUGCCGUGGAAAGAGACCUAGCCGCACUGAGACAGGGGAUGGGCCUGAGCCGACGCUCCUCCACUUCUUCGGAGCCGUCGCCCACCGUCAAAACACUCAUUAAGAGCUUUGAUAGUGCAUCGCAAGGUCCUGUUCCAGCCAGUCCAGCUGUUGCUGUUGCUGCUGCAGCCGCAGUCUCCAGAACCCCACUGAGUCCUAGCCCGAUCAAAACACCUCCGGCUGCUGCGGUCUCUCCCAUGCAGAGACACACCAUCAACUCACCCAAACCUCUUUCCUCAAUGCUGGACAAGAGGCCGAGCUACACGGAUCUGAGCAUACCAGCAGCCCACCUCCUCCGAACCUCACCUGUAACACGUGCUGGCUCCGGCCUACAGAGGGUGCCAAACAUGGACUCGUCUAAGUCCAUAUCUGUUUCUCGCAGAAGCAGCGAAGAAUUAAAGCGGGAUUUGUCAGUCAACGACACAUCAGCACCCUCGUCAAUCAUCACAUUGGGGUCCUCUUCUCCCCAGCUGGCUUUGUCUUCGAACUCCUCAUCCCCGACUGCCUCUGUGACACCCACCACAAGAGGGCGUUUACGAGAGGAGAGAAAGGACCCUCUGUCAGCGCUAGCCAGAGAAUAUGGAGGAUCCAAAAGAAACGCUCUGCUUAGAUGGUGCCAGAAGAAGACUGAAGGUUAUCAGAACAUUGACAUCACCAACUUCAGCAGCAGCUGGAAUGAUGGGCUCGCUUUCUGUGCGAUUUUUCACACCUACCUACCGGCUCAUAUCCCUUACCAUGAACUCAACAGCCAGGACAAGAGGCGAAAUUUCACUUUGGCCUUCCAGGCAGCUGAAAGCGUGGGUAUUAAAUCCACACUGGACAUUGGAGAAAUGGCGCACACAGAAAGACCAGACUGGCAGAGUGUCAUGACCUAUGUGACGGCCAUUUAUAAGUAUUUUGAGACCUGAGAAUCUUUUUGAACAUGGCUUUUCUUGGCAGCUGCGGUCUUACCUCGCUCAUUUUUCCUUGCUGUGGGAUGCAAUACCCAAGAUGCUAUAAUGGUAAUAAAACCACAUUUCCCAGAAGCCUCAGCUGUGCAAGGGGGAGCUUGAUCAACCUACCCACUACCUUGCCAACAACUUAUAUGAAGCAUGCAUCAGGACCAUAUCAGUAGUCAUGAUAACUUGCGACUAGUACUUUCUCAGUGUUUUCUCAGAAUGGCUGUAGAAACCGGUCAAAAUCUACUAAGCUUCUUUGAUCAGCAGUACUUUACAAGUGGAGUGGGAAGUUGUUGGGAUCAUAAAAGAACCCGUAGAUAAGACAGCUAUAUAUUCUCUGUCUAGCUUCCCAAUGGACUAUCAACUAUUUUAUUCCUUUACGAAUGUUGCCAAACUCUAUUUCAUGAAGAACUAUAGCGUAUUCCAUUGUGCCUUUUCAGCGACAAAAACGUUUUUAUCUCCAAAUGGGAUUGCCUUUGAAAGAUGCCUUGUUUUCUAGUUUUGUCUCAAGGACUCACUCGCUGUGGCAGGUUUGAAAAAGAUUGGUCUGAGAUUAUCAGUGUUUAUUUAUUCCAAAGAGAGAUGCCACAAAAUACUUUACCUGUAUUUUUGAUUGUAUUUUUUGCCUCGAUAAACUCUACUUUGUCUCUUUAGAUCAUGUUUUUUUUUUUUUUGUAAAUUUUUUUUUUUUUUUUUUUGGAUUUUACGUUGUUCCACAAGGCUUUUGUUUGUUUUUUGUUUUGGCUACACUAAAUAAAGUUCCAUUUGUUAACAUUAACAAUAUUAGUUCAAAUUAACAAACAAUGAACAAUACUUUUACAGUAUUUAUUACUCUUGGUUAAUGUUCAUUUCAACAUAUAGUAAUGCAUUUUUUAAAAACAAAAGUUUUAUUUGUUAACAUUAGUUUAUGCACUAUGAACUAAAAAUAUACAGUGUAUUUUUGAUUAACUACAAUUAACAAAGAUUAAUAAAUGCUGUAAACAAUACAUCGUUCAUUUUUAGUUUGUGAUACCCAAUGCAUUAACUAGUGUUAACAAAUGGUACCUUACUGUAAAGUGUUACUUUUGUUUGGUUUUGUUUUGUAAAUAAGACAGAGCUCCUUGCCAUUGCAGUUUUGUUUCCAUUAUUACAAGCCAAUUAUGACUUUCAUUUGUAAUCUACUGAAGCUACUUUGUUUUCAAGGAUUGAUAGAUAUUCCUUGCCCUUUUGAUGGCCUUCAAAAUGCUUCAAGGUCUUUUUUUGUUUGAAAAAUAAGCAAAGAAAUUCAUGGCUGCUUAUUUUGUAUUUUACAGGAUAUUUUCAGUCUAUCAGUCAUUUUUGUUUAAGCACUACUAAUCCUUAUUUAACACAUAAUCCCAGAUGGGUUCUGGAAGCUUGCUGAUUCAGAUUGGGUUUGUUUUACGGGUGUUAAAGCACAAAUAAAAAAGGCUGAAUGUGUAUUUGCUAAAAUAAAAUGUGAAACCUCAGGCUACAAUCCAUCCACACUGUCGACUCAUGGUUUAUGUUUAUAUCUUCAUGCGUUGUACAUCUUGUACCCGUUUUAGACGUCCGUCUAUAAGAUAAGCAUCUACACACAUAAGAAUAUUUCAACUAAAGCCUUACAUGGAAAUUGAAUAUGCCUACAAAGAGCACAAUUCUUGUUAUCUGAAGUGCAGAGGUUUACUUGCUCUGCUGUCUUCAGUGCACUGCCUUACAUUUUAGUUUAGUUUUUUUAAGCUGAAGUUCAUUUUUGUAAAGACAAUUUCAGACAUCCUUGAAGGGAUCAAGUGGGUUACGACGUGUGUGCUCACAAGCAUUUAUUGUUUAAAAUUAGCUUUAUGUGAACAGCAAAUAAUGGUUGUUUAAAAUGUUUUAAUUUAUUCAAAUAAAUUAAUAAAUUUAGCUCUAUUGUGUUUUAAAUGAUGAAAUUAUUUUGAGAAUGCUCUGUGGCACAUUGGUUUGUUUUGUAUAUGGAAAUGUGAUGGACAUUGAUUCAAUUUCCUGAGUUUUUAAUUGCUCUGUUUUGUAAUGUAAUCAUGUGGAGUGACAAAAUAAUUUGAUUUGAACCAAACUGUGCUUUCCUUUACUACUUAAAGUCAUUCAUAUUUGUAUAAAUUCUUCAACACUACAGAAUAUAUUUGUUUCACAUGAAAGAUACAGAGAGAAUUGUACAAAUUAAGAGGAGUUUUUGCAAAAUAAAGUUCUUUGAU